CUUGAGUCUGUGAAACAACGAAAAAUACUGAUUUUGUGUCAACACUGGAGUCGAUUUUACGAGAGAGGACAUUCAUUGAUACAUGAUAGUCGGUGCUUCAUCAGUCCUGCCUUUGCUGUCUUUUCAUUUGAACUGUUCGUGUUCUUGGCUCGCUAAGUUUGAAAGGCAGCUAUAAGUGUUCCUGAAGAACGAGCAGCUGAGCAAAGAUAAAAUUCAAAAAGUUGGGGUCUGUAGUGAAAUGACUUUGUCUGUCCUUUUGUUUGCUGUGUUUGUGAGUUGACGAGUGCAUCUUUGUUGUGAGGAGAACAGUACUCUAUCCGGAACAUUUUUUUUAGAGACGAGCGCGUGAUGAGCAUUUCUGUCCGAAGGUAUUUCUGUUUCUUGAGACGAAAUUCCUGGUUGUCACAAGCAACCUUCACUUUUUUCCAUUUUUUUGAUGUACCCACGCGUUGGUACUAGACAAACACGGCGAGGUCAUGUUAACGAGUUGUACUAUGGAUAUGGUUGUGUUUUGUGUCUAUAUAGCAUUGUCGACGGGCAUACGUAUCCCUUCGCAGGAAAGAAUGUUGCUACUAGUAUUUUUAGCUGCCUGGCCGUUGUGCUUCAGGAUUCUCGCAGGGUAAUUAAAUGUUCUUAUUGCGAGGAAUAUAGACCCAGGUCCCAAAAAAAAAAAAAAAUGCUGGUGGCAGCGUGAAUGAAUGAAAUCAUGCAUCAUGAACAAAAAGACGUAUUUUUGCAUCAUUUUGAGUAACUUUCCAUCCUCGUCAGGCUUAUUCCUUCGCUCGUCCCACUUUGGACAUUCCACGCUCCUUCUAGUUUGGUUUGUUCAUUUUCUUACUUUCCGACAACCUCACAAAUUAGUCUCUUCCGAGAUAUCUACUCAAAUUUGUUCUCAUCACCCUCAUCUCUCCAAAAAACAUAGUAGGUCCCAGUUGUAUAUCAAUAGACAGCCGCUACCGUAGUUGUAAUCAAAUUUAUUUGUUAAACUGUGCAUUCAGUCUAACAAAUAUUUUGAAUCGUAGUCCUCCUUCCUUUCUCAGGAGCGUAGUAGGGUGAAAAAAGCUUCGAUAAAACCGACAUUUGUUUUAUUGCAGCCGAAUUGAACAUAAUUUUUCUGCCAAGAUCUAUUUGAUUGCAUUUUACAACACAACUAGUUGUUGAAAAGAAAAGCCAGGUAGAAAAAAAGAAUGGUGCAACUGAACACGGAAUUUUUCGCCAAGGAUGGCAACCUUGUUGGCGAUGGGAGCUUGUCUCCGGAGGGUUACCUCGAAGUCUUGCCGGGAAGACUGUACUGGGUGAGCACAAACCAGAUCCCGAAAAAUACCCAGAGCCAUCACUUCUUCAGCAUAGAUAACGAGCUGGUCUACGAACCGUUCUUUGCCGACUUUGGUCCCCUGAACCUUUCAAGCACCUUCCGAUACUGCAAACUCGUCAAGGCCAUCCUUGAUGACGCACAGCUCAGUAUACUGCUUAAUAUCACACUUGUUCAUCUUUGAUAUUGAUACACUGUCUUACAGUCAGAUGACCACCACUUGUAUAUUGAUUUCGGAACUCAUACUUCGCUGGGAUGAACAGAAAAAUAAUACACAGAAAAAAUAUAGCGAUUCUUUUCCUUCCGAGGGCUUUCAAUUUGCGCAUGUGCAUGUUCAUGUUGUAUCUGUAAUUAAUUCACUUAUUGAAGGGUCGUUCUUGUCCUUUUAUCAUGUUCUGUGAAUUAUUGGUCUCCGAAUUGGACGUUCGAACCUCUAAGCCUACGACCACAACAGUGAACAAGAAGAUCGUGCACUUCACGAGCCAGUGCCCGAAGAAGCGCGCCAACGCCGCUUACCUUAUCGGCUGCUUCCAAGUUAUGGUUUUGCGUCGACAAGCCGAUGUCGCUUACAGACCGUUCCAGAAUAUCCGACCCCCAUUCCUCCCGUUCCGUGACGCAACAUGCGGUAUCUGCAACUACCACUGCACAGUCCUAGACUGCCUCAAAGGUCUCGAAUACGCCAUGCGCAUCAAGUGGUUCGACCCAAACACUUUCGACGUUGCAGCCUACGAAUUCUAUGAGAAGGUACCUAACGUAACCCUAGCAUUACAUAGCAAGAGCACCUCCCACAACUAGUAUUGCUUGUACUAGUAAGAUAGAAUAAGUUCCUUCUUGUAUCAUCAGCCAUUUUGCUAUGAUUGUCGGUGAUAGAAUCCAUACUAGUAAAGGAACAAGAUGUGCGAGUCGUUGUCGUUUGUAUCAACACCUUGUUUCAACGAUAUUUAAACUGUAGAACCAGUGAAGUUAUUUUGUCACCACAUACUACGGCAUGUUGAGGAUCGUUCUUUCAACAAUGAAUAGGUCGAGCACGGCGAUAUGAACUGGGUGAUCCCGGACAAGUUUUUGGCUUUUGCUGGUCCAAGUGCGACACCUAUCGAUUGCGAUGGAUUCCCAGCUUUUACCCCUGAAGACUACGUCCCCAUCUUCAAGUCAGGAAAUGUCGGCACGGUUCUCAGACUCAACAAGAAGCAGUACGACCGAAGGCGCUUCACCGAUAAUGGAAUCAAGCACGUACUAUAAUUUCGAUCUUUGUAGUAUAGCUACAGUUACAUAUUUUAUUAGACUUUCUCUAGAAGGCAGACACCUGUUGUACUUUUAGUUACUAGACUACUUGCACCAAAUCACUUUUCAUUAGAAUGCACCAGCCAUUUGCCUGUACUAGACUUAUUCGUAGGUACUUGUUUUAGCUUUCAAGCACAUUAUGGAAAACAGGAAUCAUAGUCCUCAUCGAGUACCUUCGUCACCAUCAAAAACGGUCUUAUCGUCACUCUACAGGUUGACAUGUAUUUCCUGGAUGGUAGCUGCCCUUCUCGAGAAAUCAUUAAUAAGUUCUUGUACCUUGCGGAGAACGAGACUGCUGCGAUCGGUAUUCACUGCAAAGCCGGUCUUGGACGAACGGGCACUUUGAUCGGUCUCUACGCCCAAAAACACUUCCAGUUCCCAGGUCGCGCGUACAUCGGAUGGAACCGCAUCUGCCGUCCAGGAGCUAUUUUAGGUACUUGUUAUGAAUUCUUGACUAACUGAAGCUGCGCUGAAGGUCUAGAGAGCAAGCUAGAGUGUAUACAUGUACCAGGGAGGGAGGCCCCCGUGGGACUUACGGAACGCCUUAGAGCUGUUACGUGACGCGUGACACCCACCGCGUCACGCCCAGAGCUUCGCCCCCCUCCUAUGGAUGGAGCGACGGGGGCGCCCGAGCGCCCUUGUUUUCGCGGUGGUGACAGGUAAGGACUCACGGGGGGGAAGGCCUCAAGAGGCGGAGCCGGAGGCCCCUGGCGGCUCUCCGCGUGUACCCCACAGGCGUCCCGACUCUUGGACCCUAUCAGAGGGACGGCCUCCGGGGGAAGAAGGCCGCCGAAGGCGGUCACGGUCGCGAGGCCUGGCCCCUUCGGCCCUCAUGGGGGGCAGCAGGGGCCAAACUCCUCCAGUGAGGAACCCGCACGCGGGAGGCCUGUAGGGGACAUGCAACACGGCAAGGGGGUCAAGCCUUGCCAACUGCUGCCAGCGGAGGCCCUCCACCCCCGAGGGGCUCCCCCAGUGAGGAGCCCGCACCCGGGAGAUCUGUAGGGUACACGCAACACGGGGGAAGCCUUGCCAGCUUUGCUGCCUUCGGAAGCCUUCCAUCCACCCCCGGCCGUCGGUGCUUGAACGGCCUCAGGAGGUUGGGUUCUGCUGGGUACAUGCAAGAAGCCGCGAGGGCUCGAAGGUGGGCAUUUGGAGGCCUUGCCGCCCGGCAGUCUCUCGGGAAAAAGGGUCCGGGGCUGGAGGCCCCCUCUCAAAAAGUUAGAUCGGAGGGGCCUUCAGCCCUGAGCCCUGGCACAUAUAUUGUCAGUCUAGCUUAUGCGAUCGAACGUCAUCUCUACGAUCAUGGGUAAGGAACUUCAGCGCUCCACUUCAUAUUGUCGUGUUAGCAGUUUCAUAAUUUUUCUUUCCGCGUGUAAAACUUGUGUUCGACGUCGGAUGAGCUAGAGGACUUUAUGAAGGCUGGCGUGGUUUGGUCAUAAAAAAAUAGACUCAGCUCGGCUCAGUCUUUACCAAGUCUAUGGAACCUCAACAAGUUAUCCAAAGACUAUGAAACAAGAAGAAGCAAUCCCAUGAUUUUUGCUUUUUCAUAAAGGGCAAUCGUCGUUAAAUCCUCAAGUUUACACUAAAAAUAGGUCCCCAGCAACAAUUUCUUUCGGAGAUGCAGAAUGAGAUGUUCCAAGUGGGCAUGGUUCACCGCGCCAACCUCACUGGCCAACCCCAUCUCUCCUCUAGCGCUGGUCGCCACCUCGAGGACCACGAACGCAAAGAAGAUGUCGGACAAGGUAACUCGUUUUCGACGACCUUCGUGAUAUCUAUCUAAGAUGAAAAGUGUUAUUGUUUCAUCAUUUCGUUCCCGCAUUUGGUUCUUCAUCAAUCAUUCCAAAUUCAUUAUCUUCAUCAGUCAUACCUUUCCCUAUUAUAUUUAUAUGAUUUCGUAAAUGUGAACCCUAACUGCCGUGACUCUUCAGGUGACCGGUUGACUGCCGCCAAGCGUGACAUGUUCUCGAACGCGAACAACAUUGGUCUCAAGCUCGGAGGAGGAUUUAGCAGCAAAUUGAUGGGACGCGGCCCGCCCCCGAAACCCUUGCGUGGCAUGUUCGGCCCCCAACCAGCGAUGAUGAUCUCCAAUGGAGCUUGAGGAAAAAAAGCGCUCCUCUGAGAAGAAUAGAUACUAGUAGUACUUUCUUCUUAGUGACAAUGAGGAGAUAAGAGUGUUUUUAGUUGUUAGUCUUAGUGAAAUGUAUAGAGUCUCUGAAGACUUGUAAGUAUUUAGCAUACCUAGUCGUGUACAGUUUUCAUGGCUGAGGAGCGAUUUCAGGUAAUUGGAGAGCACUUCUAACAAUGAGAAGAUAUUCGUUUGUUUCAUCGCUUUGUUUUUUGGGAAGGGGAAGGGACGCCUGGUACUAACUUCAAUGAUGAGUUUUCUGAUUGUUAGGCGGCGCUUAUCUAAUAUUACUAUGUAGCUAACAGAUAUAAGGGAACCUGGGUUAAAAUUGAGAGCAAAAGCUAUUUGUGGUUGUAGUGUUUGAACUUAACUGGCAGAAAUAUAAGCUGGCGGAAGACGAAGUGGACUAUUGAUAUUAUCAACUGGUAUAUAUUAUGAAUAUUAUAAUUACCCUAUGAUGAGCAUGAGGCUCUGUUAUUUGAUGUGCAUACUGGCUUUCUACAUGAUGAAAGUAUUUUAGAGAGAUGAAUGAGUGGAACUAUAUUUGUUCAGCUAGUUAUUCAACAUCAGAACGAAGAGCAUGUGGUAAGUACAUCAUGAAAUAUUUGAAAGCACCUUAACCGACUGGGGUUCGGGGAUUGUAAAGAAAAUUGUACAGAAUUUGACAUAGAUGAAAUAGACAUAAUCAUUGGGCGAAGAUCAUAGUUACUACCUACUACAGAAGAGCACGUCGAUUGUCGGGUAGGGGUGGACAAGUACUAUAUAUCCGCUAAACACGUGGCUGUAUCGAUUUUGUCACCUGUACACCCAUCUAGGCCAGCGGAGCCACUCUGCGAGCACCACAUGCAUAUCAUGCUAUAAUUUUUUUAGUCCUCCCAUGAAAAUGAGAGGCUCUUCCGAUUACGCAUAGAAGCAGAAGAUGACGUCUUGUUCUAGUGACGCUCGUGUUAGUUCCUCCUCGACGAGAAGGGACCAGCAUGGGAGCAUUAGAGCGGCUUCCAUUCUGCACAUUCAUACAUGCUUUUGCUAGCUUGAUUUUGAACACAUAGAGUUGAUCGACCAACACACAUUUAGUCCAUAAUGCUUCCUAAUAAUUGACGAUAAUCAGUCCGAAUUUCUAGUUCUUGGGGAAAGGCACUACUGUCAGUGUCCGAUAAUUCAUAUUGAGGUAACUGCUACUGAACUAUGUCUACUUAUUUUGGUCCCUCUUGUAUUUAAAUCAUUGAAUUGAUCGAAUCGUAUGCAACUGAUCAGAUGACCGACUUAUGGGACGUAUUCCUAGGUCUUCCCAUUGUACACAAAUUUAUUUUGACAGUCACAUAUCCGACCAUUCUUCCAACAAUUGUAACGACACUCACAUGAUGAAUUUAUUGUAUCUGAAUUGGAAUCUUCCUCGAAAAUGUACCAAACAUUUGUAAUAAUUGCGGCUGCUACUUAGAUUCAUGUUGAAAUAACGAUUACUUAUACACUUGCUUACAAACUGUUGAUCCCGAUGAGGAAUCGAGAGAUGAAGAAGUACUAUCUUCUCAGUAUUAAAUUCGAAUCCACAACGCCUUCAGGUUGAUUGCGCCUAGCAAUCAAUUCUAUGCACAUAAUUAAAAACCAGGUUGUAAAUCAUUGAUUAACUCCUUGAGUUUUCUUGUUGACAUCUAGUAUUUGGUAGUAGGAGAGUGUGUGUGUGUGUGUGUGAGUGAGUGAGUGAGUGUCCUGGACCUUCCAUGAGAGAGUUGUUAGUCGUAGCAAAAGAGAUCAUCAUGAUGUGCGACCACAUACCGAACCCAAGAAAUUGAUGAGAUGCAUAGCGCUGAUUCUAGGGGAGCAGGUGGUGAUGCAAGUUCUCUGUCUUCUACCGUUUCGCCAACUUCAUAGAGGAAUGGUUACGCAUCAUUGACAAAAUAACCGAUAGCAAUAGGGACAGAAACGAGGUAUUGGCAUUGGUCACUCACUCCUUGAAAACAGUGCCGACCCAUUACUAAGUGUCAGCUUGAGACUUCAAUUAUGGAGAUGAGAAAGACGCAAUCGCGAAAGAAGCGCUUCGAAAAG